AUGGCGACUCGCCCAGAAAACCCACCACCCCCCGUCGCCCUCUCCUUCGAGGCGGUCGAUGAACUGAUCUACGACGCCCGACUGGGCGACCUGGACGCGCUGCAGGCCGAGAUCGAGAAGCUGAGCAAAGAGCACAACACGACGGCUUCGGCGAUAAUACAGUCUGCGAUCGACACGGAGGAUGAGAGCGAGGGCGGAACGGGCGCGUGCUUGCUGCAUUGGCCAGCGGCGAAUGGCAAUGUUGAACUCCUCAACUUCCUCCUCCAAUCGCUCACAUCUUCUCAGCGGGAAGGCGAGGAAAAAGAUAUCGCCGCAUUCAUCAACUACCGCAACCUCUCCGGCAACACGCCUCUCCACUGGGCCGCCCUGAACACACAUCUCGACUGCGUCAAGGCCCUGGUCGAAGCGGGCGCCGAUGUUAGCGCCAAGAACGACGCCGGCCACGACGCGCUCUUCCUGGCUGAGCGGGUGGAUUGGUCUUCGACGGAAGAGCCCGGAGAAGAGGACGGAAAGAAAGAUGGCGAGGCGGAGGCGAAGGCAGAGGCAGAAGCAGAAGCAGAGGCAGAGGCAGAGGCAGCCAAACCAGUGCAAGUGCCAGUCUCCAAAGCGCGACAGGUUGUAGAGUGGCUGCUAGGUUGCGACAAGGGAGCCGGGUACGAGAAGCCUGCGGGGACUAAUUCCGCCGAGGGCGAUCAGAAUCAGAAUGAGAACCAUGAUGAGAUGGAGGGCGUUGAAGAGACGAAGGCGACGACGACAUCAUAA